AAGGAAAAAGUUAAUUCUCUUUCACUUAUUUAAAUCAUUUACUUUUGUUCACUUAACAGUUAAUCACAAUUAAGAAUAAUUUUUUUCUCUUCUACUUAAUCGGUUUAAUCAGUUAAUUCGUUUAUCAUGUUAACUCAUUUUCCUUGGUGUUUAAUUACAAUUUUCUUAUUCUCAACUGUCUCUUCAUCGACACCGACAUCAUCAUCAACCUCAACUCUAAUCUCACCUCCAUCUUUUUUAUCAUCACCUUCUUCAUCGUCUAAUCUUACCCACAAUAGUUUAUUACAAUAUCUUAAUACACUUUAUUAUCCACAUACUCAGCUGAUUGUUAACUAUUUAGAUCUAUUUAUAAACCAUAAUGAUCUGGAAUCAUCUUGUGUCUCCAGUUUGGUUAAAUUGAAAAAAGGGCUUGAAAUCAAUGCUCUUUGGGCGGUUAAGUUUCUUGAUGCUUCUGGUCGUGGAAAUGGUGGCUUAUUAAAUUAUUAUGUCAUCGAUUUAGGAAAUUAUGAUGAGUGUCUUUCCCUUUCCGUUCAUGGAGAUUCAAAAUUGGAUUCUUCUUUUACUGGUCAAUACUGUCUUGCUAAAUUAAAUUUACCAACCAUUGUGGAUGAUGAAGUGUCAUCAGCUAAGCUGAAUGGGACAUUAAUUGAAUUUCUAUCUAAUUCGUUUGAGCAAUUGAAACUUAGUUUACCUCAGAUUGGAAUUUGUUUACCAUCAACAUGUCAACCAAAACAAUUAUCGGAAACAAUCAACAAAUAUACUCAUCAAACUGGUCUCACCAUCGAAUUGGGGCCUUUCUGUGAUACCAAAGAAACUUACCAGGAACCUUUUUCGACAAUUGAAAAGAUUGCCUUUACUGUUAUUGGAAUCCUUAUUGGCUUAACGAUUCUUGGAACGAUUUUCGAUCAAGGUUGGUUAAAGCAUUUCUCUGCUAUUAGAAAUCUUAAUCGUCUAGUGAAAGAGACCAAUGAUUCCGAUAAAUUGGCUUUGAAUUUCAUCAAUGGAGGAAAAGUUUAUUACCUUGUCCUUUCAAUUUUCGGCCAUAUUUGGUACAUCAUGGGAACUCUGAUUCCACCAAUGUACAUGGGAAUUUUUUCUUACAACAUUUCAAACAGUGCAAUUUUACGGGAGUUAUCAUCAAAUUGUCUUCUUUUCAUUGAGAUUAUCAUCUUCGUUGGUGGAGUCCUUACCAUGUACACUUGUUAUCAAGUUCUGGAUAAAACUCGAGGUCGUUUAUCUUUCAUCCAAUACAUGGUUGUCCGCUACUUACGAACAACACCAACAUUAAUCGCAUCGAUAUUUUUGAUAUUUAUUUGGCCUCGACUUGGGUCUGGUCCGUUUUUCCGUGAAUUGGCCGCCAAACAAACUGAUAACUGUGCUAAACAUUGGUGGCGAAAUUUACUUUUCAUCAACAAUUAUCAGCACAUAUUUGAUAUGUGUUUACCCGCUACUUGGUAUUUGAGCUCAGAUUUUCAAUUAUAUGCUGUUAGCUACCUGCCGAUUAUUUUACUUCAUCGUAAACCUAAACUCGGACUGUUUACAUGUUUCACUUAUAUCGUUGGUUCUGCACUUUACAUGAUGUACGAUGCCACUCGUCGGGACUUGAAACCGCUUAUAGAUAUGAGAUCAGUGACAAUCACAACAAUCAAUGGAAUAUCUGAUCUUUACUUUCCGUUUCAUUUACAUAUUCAAAGCUACAUUAUGGGAGUGCUUUCUGGAUAUGCUGUUGCAAUCAAAAAGAAACCAAAUAUAAAAAAUUUUUUUACCAUCGGAUGGAUUGUCAGUGUAUCCAUGGGUUUAUCAACUUUAUACUUUACAUACUUAAUCAAAUUUGAUCCAAACGUUACUCGAUUCGGAGAGCUUAUGUUCAUUGGUUUCCAUAGGAUUCUGGUCGUUGUUGGUUUUGCUUGGGCAACUUAUGCUUUCUCAUUCAAUUCAGGAGUUUGGUUAAAAAAAUUAUUCGCCUGGAAAUUUUUCACUCCAAUAUCUAACAUGUCACUAUCGAUUGUAUUGAUUCAAUUUGUCUACAUGUUUUAUGAUCUUGGUACAAAAAGACAGCCAUUAGUUUUCACUAAUUACAACCAGAUCAUUUAUGGAAUUAUGUCCUUAUUGAUGUGUAUUCUUCUUGGUGGAUUUUUACAUUUAAUUGUCGAAGCACCAACGUCUAAUUUACUGGCAUCUUCAUUACGUUCCAAUAGAAGAAGUUCAUCUAAAUCAACACAAUCACCAACAACAGAAACACCGACAUCAUCAUCAACCAAUGAAAUUAACACCGAAUUGAAAAAAUCAACUAAUCAUCUAAACCAAAAUAGUAUAAAUCACAACAAUAACAACAUAGAUAAUAAUUUAGAAUCCAAGAAUGAAUCGAAUCAUGUUAAACAAGAUUGAUCUAAUUUUACUAAUUAUGGUCAGAUUUAGGCCAAUCCUCACCCAACCAAUUAAUACCUAAGAUAUUUUUACAUACAGUCUUUUUUUAAUUACUUGCAAUUUAAUUACUUAAUGACUUUUUUUUUACUGAUUGUGCUAUUUUUAAAAACAAUACGAAAAAAAAGAAAGUUAGUUUUUAAAAAUAUUAAAACUUUCAAUUUAUUAUCA